AUGGGUGGCCCACCGGUCGGUCCGGCCAAGUUGGCCGGCUCGACCAACUGGUCAACCCGGGUUUUGGCGGAAAAAAGGUGGCCCACUUUGUAUGGGAAAACCGCCCGCGCACGGACCACCCCAUACAAAAACCGUCCCCCCCAAGCGACUUUCGGACACCUCAACGUUUGCACGCACAUUCGGGGCCCGAAUGGGGUCGGUGUAUACAUGUGGAAGGGAGGUCGACAAGACACCCGGAAACACAUCUUCCCUGCUAGAAGGGCUGCCUCUCCAUGGCUCAUGGCGCACAGGUCCUCAGGCCUCGCCCGAAGGGGAGCCGCCCCGUGGUAUCCGCCGUUCGCCGGCGUGUCCGCGGGGCCGGACCCCUCACUCGAGGACCGAAUGCCGCAGCCCGACAGCGCCCGCAAGGGCGAUCUGCCGGGGUUCACCUGCGUGCGGACCGGAUUCCUGGAGGGCUACACAGUGUGGGCAAUUGGAUGGUCGCGUGUGACCCGCCGGUGCGCCGGGGGUGUCGCCACGACCGGGCGCCUCGUUGCGCCCCUUCCAGAGUUUAUACCUACAAACAUGCCGCCCCUCCGGGGGCUUGUGGGCUUUUCCUUCGGCGGGUAA